CACCAUUGUGGCGUUCACGCAUGCAGGCGCCCCCCCACCCGCCGCCCCCCGCGGCCCCGGCAGCCGCCCCGGCGGCCCCACCCCCUCCUUCGAGCACUGGCUGGAGCUGCGGAGCCACGCGGUGCAGCAGGUCAUUCGGCAGGCCAGCGGCGACGAGCGGCUGAUGAACCCCGUGGCCUUCGCGGAGAGCCACCCCGCCUGCCCCACCCACCCCACCACCGGGCAACCCAUCAUCUACAACGGCAUGCCCUGGCGCCCGCACCUCCUCCUCAUGCUCACAUGCGCCAAGCUGCUUGCGGACACUGAGGCCCUGCUGCAAAUGCAAGGCGGCGGCGGCGGAGGGGUUGGCGGAGGUAGUACGGCAGGGGUUGGCGGUACGGCAGGAGGAGCGGCGGCGGCGGCUGCCGCCGCCGCCGCCGGCGCCCGGCAAGUCCCCAUGUCGUACAUUCUGCAGCAGGCGUUACAAUUCUCGCGACCGCUUAAAUUCCCGGAUCAUCAAAACGUGAUGGAUGUACGACGGGCGAGAUCGGAAGCGGGCCGGCUGGGGAUUCCGCGGCAGAAGCGGGAGGCGGGUCGGCAGGUGGCGUUACGCGUGUUGGCGUUACGAGGGGCGGCGAGGAAGCAGAAGGCGAUGGCGGACGCUUACCGUCGCGGGACGGUGGCGGGGGCCAAGGUGACUCCGGAGCCGCCCCGGCUGGCGGUGCGGUGCCGGCCCUCCGCGCAGCCAUCGGAGGGCUACCGCUACCGUGCCCCCGAGGCGCAGGGCGGCUGGCUGGUUCGUCCGCACCUGGAGACCCACUGCGCGGACGGGAGCGACGGAGUGGAGGGUUUCGUGCUGGAGAAGGUGGCGGUUGCGGCGCCGGGGGGCCGCCCCGGGGAGGAGGACGGACUCAGCGGCCGGGGAGUGCCGUACCACCACUACCUCUCAGCGCAGGUCACCAAGGAGCAGCGGCUGCUGGCUGCUCGCUCCGAAGCCACCCUCUACCACGACCCUCUGGGCGCCGCCACCACCUCCCUCUCCGCGGACAUGCAGACCAGCGCCGCGGGACUGGGGCCGGCGGCAGCAGCAGUGGAGGGCGGGAGGGCGGGCGGGGAUGUGCUGCUGGUGCUGCGAUCGGAUACACGGCUCCGCGGCCGCAAGGGCAGCCGCCUGCCCAAGCUCACCCUGGGGGCCAUCGCAGCCCGAGUGGGCGAGGAGGCCUUCCUGCCGCUCCCCCUGCCCCUGCCCGCACCCCUGGCCCGAGCGCUGGGGGUACACAACAACGGCGGGAGCAGCAGCGGGAGCGGAAUGGGCGCAGGGGGAGCGGGGUUGGGUCUGCCGCUGCCGCUGCCGCUGCAUGGGCCCUCGGCAGUUGGGUUGCGGCUGCAAGCCACCAGCAAGGCACGAGUGGGGCUGUCGCGCACGCCGCUGCGUAUUUCCGCUGCGGCUGCCGCCAUGCAGCUCACGUCGGAGGUGGCGGCGGGGCGGGUGGGGCUGCGGCUGCCGGGGGGGCUGCGGGGGGCGCUUCCCGCCGCGGGGAGCUGGCUGGGGGGAGUCGCACGGCGGAUUGGGGUGCCCGGAUUCCGUAAUAACGGUAACAACGGUAACAACAACAGCAACCGGGCAGGAAGGGCAGCAGCAGCAGCAGCAGCGGUGCCUGCCAUGUUGCUGGUGGAGGAGGGGGCGUGUGUGGGUGGCAGUGUGGAGGUGGGGGCGGACAUGGCUGACCUGCUGGACCUGCCCACCACCAGGAGGGUGCCGGGCAGCCUGGGGGCGAGCUUCAUGAGGAGCCCGGAGGGGGACCUCACCACCCAGCUGCACGGAUCCGUACAGUACCGGCUGGGGGUGCGAGACGUGGCGGCGCUGAGGGGCAGCUGGGACGCGCGGGGGCGGGCGGGGCUCAGCGCGCGGGUCAAGUCCUCCUCCUCGGGCGCCUGGUGGGCGGGUGUGGUGGCGCUGCUGGUGCCGCUGGGGAGGCUGGCGGUGGACGCGGCGGGGGAUGCGUUGCGGCGGGUGCGGGCUCGGAGGCAGCUGCGGCGGCAGCAGGAGCAGCGGAGACAGCAGCUGCUGAGGCAGCAGCAGGAGAAGGAGGAGAAGGAGCAAGGGGAGAAGAAGGCAGGGGGGAAGAAGGCGGGGGAGAAGACGAAGCAGAAGCAAUAGGAGUGAGUCAUGAGGAGAGGGUUGGGGCUUUGCAGGCUUUGGAAGGAAGGGUGUUUUUGUGUGCGUGUGUGUGUGGUUUUGGUGGUGGAUUGUGCAGGAGGAGGGUGCGGGGAAGGUGGGGUUUCCUAGACUUUUGUUACGGAGGUGGAGAGGCUGUAAGGGGAUAUGUGUGCUGGAUGAAACCUCUGGGGAUUGCUUGGUUCCCUGGGGGCCUGCACACAAGCAAACACACGCACGUGGCGUAGUGUGUCGGGAGUUACACGGGGCUGUCAACUGUAUACCGGUAACACUGACGUGGCGGCCCUGCAGCCAGUCUGGGGGUUUUGAAUCGUCCGGAAGCAAACGACACACGUCUUGGAUCACACGUGAUGUUCUGGGCCGUGGCGAGCUGUCACGUACUCGCUGCUGGAGUUGUUGGCAGCUGCUUGGUUGCGUGGAACGCGUGCGGCAGUUGUGAUUAUGUGGCGAAAAGAGGAAGCUGAGAAGCUGUAUGGCGAGGCAUUACCAGGGUUAGCUCGGUAAGGGGGUGGAGGGCUGCACAGACCGAAGUGCCGGACCGCAGCGCUAAGGCUGGUGGGUUGAGGGGAUCCCGUCUUCCCGUUUUCCCCCGAUGUGAGAAGUCCACGUGUUGGUUCUGAUUGGUUUGGAAGUUUCAUAAGGUGUCAUUUUGGUGUUUUCCAAAUGUUUGGUUUGUUUGUUUGUUUGUCGGGAACUGGAAUUGUUCUGCGGCGGCGGUGGUGGUGGUGGUGGUGGCGCUGAGGGGGCUUCGCAACUCUCCC